AGUGCCGCCAUUUUACUCUAUUGACAAAACAAGUGACCGAAAUCUCGCCGAGUCGGUUCUGAAUUAGUGUUUUUUUUCCUUUUCCCCCGUUUUCCCGCUUUCCCCCCCGGGCUGUGGUGGCCGCGAACGCGCGCGUGUGUUUUUUAUUAAAAAAAAAGAGAAACAAUAGGACGGCGUCGGCUUUAAGUUUUCAUGUUUCGAACGGGCCUCUCUUCACAAAAUUCGCCGCAGGAGGUGCGACCACAGGCUGAUGUUAGUCCGAGGAAGCGAAAGUUAGCCGAGGCCGGCGAGUUCCAGCACCAGACGCCCCAGCAAGCCCAGCUCCAACUCUUCUCCUCAGCCCCCAAGUCGUCGUCGUCGUCCUCCUCCUCCUCCUCCACCUGCUGUAACCACCAGCUCCAGAAGAGAGUCAAGUUCGAGGACUCGUUGGACUUUGUGGGACUCGAUGUGAUGAUGGCGGAGGAGCAGAGGAAAAACAGCAGCUGCUCCGUGUUAACGGGGCACGCCAACGGCCUGACCAAGUCCACCACCUUCGCCACCAGCAAGCCGGGGACGGCUAAAAAAUUAGUUAUUAAAAAUUUCAAAGAUAAACCUAAACUGCCUGAUAAUUACACCAAUGAAACUUGGCAAAAACUGAAAGAAGCAGUAGAAGCAAUUCAGAAGAGCACCUCUAUCAAAUACAAUUUAGAGGAACUUUAUCAGGCUGUGGAGAACCUUUGUUCUUACAAAGUUUCAGCAAAUUUAUACAAGCAGCUGAGGCAAGUCUGUGAGGAUCACAUCAAAGCUCAAAUUCACCAAUUCAGAGAGGAUUCCUUGGAUAGUGUUCUCUUUUUAAAGAAAAUAGAUAAAUGCUGGCAGGAUCACUGCAGACAAAUGAUCAUGAUUAGGAGUAUUUUCUUGUUUCUGGAUAGAACGUAUGUUUUGCAAAAUUCAAUGCUCCCAUCUAUUUGGGACAUGGGUCUAGAAUUAUUUAGAUCCCAUGUAAUAAGUGAUCGGAAGGUUCAAAAUAAAACUAUUGAUGGGAUUCUUCUGUUAAUUGAGAGAGAACGAAAUGGUGAAGCUAUUGAUCGGAGUUUGCUUCGAAGUCUCUUGAGUAUGCUAUCAGAUUUGCAGAUAUAUCAAGAUUCAUUUGAACAAAGGUUUUUGGAAGAGACUAAUCGUCUGUAUGCUACAGAAGGUCAAAGAUUAAUGCAAGAACGGGAGGUUCCGGAAUAUUUACACCAUGUUAAUAAACGCUUGGAGGAAGAAGCAGAUCGGGUUAUCACAUAUUUAGAUCAGAGUACACAAAAGCCUCUAAUUGCUACUGUGGAGAAACAACUUCUAGGUGAACAUUUACCAGCCAUUCUUCAGAAAGGUUUAAACAGCCUUCUGGAUGAAAAUAGAAUACAAGAUCUCUCUCUUCUCUACCAACUUUUUAGUCGAGUUCGAGGUGGAGUACAGGUUCUAUUGCAACAUUGGAUUGAGUAUAUAAAGACCUUUGGCAGUACUAUAGUAAUUAAUCCUGAGAAAGAUAAAACGAUGGUUCAAGAACUACUUGAUUUCAAAGACAAAGUGGAUCACGUGGUGGAUGUCUGCUUCUUGAAGAAUGAAAAAUUUGUAAAUGCAAUGAAAGAAGCCUUUGAAACCUUCAUUAACAAGCGACCAAACAAACCAGCUGAACUAAUAGCUAAAUAUGUGGAUUCAAAGCUUCGGGCUGGGAACAAAGAGGCUACUGAUGAAGAGCUUGAGAAGAUGCUGGAUAAGAUUAUGAUAAUAUUUAGGUUCAUUUAUGGAAAAGAUGUAUUUGAGGCAUUUUACAAGAAGGACUUGGCAAAGAGACUAUUGGUGGGAAAGAGUGCAUCAGUAGAUGCAGAGAAAUCAAUGCUGUCCAAAUUGAAACAUGAAUGUGGAGCUGCGUUCACCAGCAAAUUGGAAGGAAUGUUCAGAGACAUGGAGCUCUCAAAAGAUAUUAUGAUCCAGUUUAAGCAGUAUAUGCAAAAUCAGAAUAUACCUGGGAACCUUGAACUGACUGUAAAUAUCCUCACAAUGGGCUACUGGCCAACAUAUGUGCCCAUGGAAGUUCAUUUGCCCCUGGAGAUGGUGAAACUUCAGGAGAUUUUCAAAACCUUUUAUCUGGGUAAGCACAGUGGUAGGAAGUUACAGUGGCAGUCAACAUUGGGUCAUUGCGUACUGAAAGCAGAAUUUAAAGAGGGUAAGAAAGAACUUCAGGUGUCGCUUUUCCAAACUCUAGUACUACUCAUGUUUAAUGAAGGAGAAGAAUUCAGUUUGGAAGAAAUUAAAACUGCUACUGGAAUAGAGGACGGAGAAUUACGAAGAACCUUACAGUCAUUGGCAUGUGGCAAAGCACGUGUAUUGACCAAGACUCCGAAAAGCAAAGACGUAGAAGACUAUGAUAAGUUCACCUGUAAUGAUGAUUUCAAACAUAAGUUGUUCAGGAUCAAGAUUAACCAGAUCCAGAUGAAAGAAACGGUUGAAGAGCAGGCCAGCACUACUGAGAGAGUGUUCCAAGAUAGGCAGUAUCAGAUAGAUGCUGCUAUUGUUCGAAUCAUGAAAAUGAGAAAGACUUUGAGCCACAAUCUUCUUGUAUCUGAAGUAUAUAACCAGCUGAAAUUUCCAGUCAAGCCUGCUGACCUAAAGAAAAGAAUCGAGAGUUUAAUUGACAGAGACUACAUGGAGAGAGACAAAGAAAAUACCAACCAAUACAACUAUGUGGCAUAGAAUUUCAGAUGAAGACAAACUUCGAGCACUUCAAACCUUGGGUGAUCAAUAGCUUGGUGCUAUGAUACUGAUCCCAGUAAAUGAGUUUUUAGUUGGUAUUGCCUAGAGAUAUAUGGAAGAUGGCAUUACUGAAAUAACUGGGAGAGAACUUCUCUGAAGGAAAAUGUGCCCAUCCAGAGAGUACUUUGUGAAUCUCUGCUAAUGCUAUUGGACUUGGACAUGUUUGAGGUAGCAGUGGUCACCAAAAGCAAGUGCGACCCCUCCCCAUCUUUCAAACUAACUUGUGAAGAACGGAUGCAAUGCUAAGCUGCACCUCAUCAGUUUUAUCUUCUUGAUUAGCCACGUCAUUGUUGAAUCAUUUUGAGUUGUGUCCAGGUUUUUUUUUGGAUGGAGAGCUUGUUUUAUUUUUCUUUUUCUUGUAAAUGAGCAUGAGUCUUCAAAAUUACUUGAUAUCAUUAGGCAUCCCACUGGUGUCAUUCACACUUGAAACUCUGCAUUGAGAGAAGCCUAAUUGCUCACUAUUUCUGAAAGUUUUAUUUUAACAUUGAUUUUAGUAUUGCAAUGAAAUAAUCGGUAUCAAUCCUUAGUUGUGAACAUUAUCUUUACCUGUUUUAUUUUACAAAUAUGGAUUUUGUUCAGUUUUUGCCAGCAUUUUUGACAACUAAAGGAGGUGCCAAAAGUGGAAUGUGGGUAAUAAACAAUUGUCUGUAAUGCAGUGAUGUCUGUUUUGUAUUUUGACAGUGCUGGAAAAUUCCAAAGCAUUUGCCAUGUUGUAUUUAUCAUUUAUCACAACAGUAAUAGAUUUAACCACUGCGAAUGCAGCAACAUUUGGAGAUUUAUGGCUGGACAUGACCUUUAUCAGGGUGUAGACUGCAAAAAUUGUUUUUCAACCUUUACUCAGCUUGGGUUGUGUAAAAUCUUGCUCGUUUCCUGUAUUAUUAAACCUUUUUACUUUGGAGGGGAGGAGAAGGGAGAAGAACCUGAUUAAAAAUGUCUGUUAAACUGCUCAGUUCUUUGGCAAAUGUGAAAAUUUAACAUCAAAUGCACAAGAAGCCUUUGUAAUUACAAGCGGGCAACAGAGGUGCACAAAGACUACUGUGGCUUUUCCAAAUGAAAUUGUUAUAUAUGUACAUAUGUGUCUCUUAACGAAAGUGAAUGAGGUCCAUAUUCAAGGUUUUUGUGUUGAAUAAAUAUUGAAUAAAUAGUUUUGGUGUAAUAAGUCUAAUUAAUUUCCCUUCCUCUUCCCAGUGCAUCAGUAGGUUUGGGAGAGUUUGUUAAUCGUUCAGCUGUGAAUACAAAAUCUCUAGAGCUAUGAAAAGAUUUGGUGAAAAGGGAAAAUUAACUAGGAUUUCUGCUUCAGGAUACUGAAUUAUACUGACUUCUGUUGGAAAGACUGUAUUUUACUGGUUGCAAGUAGGGUUAUGUUUG